AUGGAUUAUAUGUCAAACUUUUGCGGCUCGAAGAUAAAUCAAUUCCCCGAUGUCCCAUCUGUAUGGGAGUGUGCAAUUGGAGAUAUUUUCAUUUGCUUUUCUGGCUUUUCUUCCGCCAAACAGCCACCUUCGGCUUGGUAUCAUGAACUUGAGCAGGAGUCUCAAACCACCAACCAAGAAUUUGCUGGCGGCUUGCAAGCCUGUGUCAUUGUUCGGUACUAUAAGAGUCCAAUUGGUAGGUCAAUUUAUUUGCGAUUAUUUCCAUUUACUGAUCACGGUGAAGGAAUGUAUGACGAGCUUCUCUGGAUUCCAGGGGCAUUCAAACUCCCUCAGAGUGGGAAACGAACAUAUCGCUCGACGAGGGCCUAUGUAUCAACACCAUUAGCCGUGUACAGUGGCCGCAAAAACUGGAAUGUGCCUAAGGCUUCUGCCGUCUUUGAAUUUAUCCCCACUGAAUCCACGCAUUUUCCAUAUAGUCGAAUCACAGUGUCGCCCGAUCUGGGUGGGGAACCCUUUAUCGAUCUCAAUUUUCAGGAAAUGGCCUUUGGCUCCAGAGCACUUUUUCCUUUCAAUAGUCGAUACAUUCCAUUCGGUCUUGAUUUUGACUUUCCUCCUCUUCCAGGGGACCAGAAUGGUCAGACUGAGGGCAAGGUGGGAACAUCCGAGUGGCAGCGGGUACACCUGGAUGUGGCUGGCAAAGCUGGGAUAGUGAAAGCAUCCGGGAAACUGGGAGAUGACAUAUCAUUUCCCCAUCUCAGGGAGAGGUCCCGCUGGGUAUGGCUGCAAAGGGCGAAGAUUCGGAUCGAGGGCUCUCUUGUGCCUUGA